GCACGUCUGACAACUGGAAGGAGACCCUGCUUCUGCCCUGAAGCAGAGCAGGGGGACUCUCAGGGUUUGUGGGUUGGGUCAGUAGGGCUCCUGGAGCAGCCGUGCAGCGCCUUCCGACGGGCCGCGUCGGCGACUAUAAUGGCAGCAAUUAAGCAUGAAUCCUACACUAAAGCUUUGCGCGGUUCAAACACCCGCCCAACAAACAGCCUUGGUUUUAAGACACCUGACCCACCUGUUGAUCCCUCCAACAACCGUCUUCCAUUCAUAAUGUGGCUAGCCCUUGGGUGGAUUGGCAAGUAAUAUCCGAUAGUCUCGGAGACAACAGGGUGGCCAUGACUGGCGCCUCCUGAGGCGAGUUGGUGGAUUUCGGAGUGUUGACCACUUUGCUUGGUCCGGGGCCAGAGGUCAAGCAUUGGCACCUGUGACUUUGGAAUCCAUUCUUGAUACCUAAGACACUCCAUAGACUGAUGCGUGGCUUGGUGACCACAUACGCAAUGCUAUGGUCGAGGACCCAGCGAUCCACGCGCUCUUUGGACCGGCACCGGCCAAUGUCGACCUUACUGCGAGCGCUGUCGCCGUGAACAAUGCGGCUGUCAUUGCCAUGCUCGUUUUGGCUGCGGUGGCGGUGAUGCUCCGCUUCACUGCGCGACUGGUCCUUCGAAACGCCCUCAUGGCCGACGACUGGGCCAUCAUUGCUGCCCUGCUCUGCAUAGGUGCCACGACCGGGUUAAGCAUCGGGGGAGGUAUGACUGGUGCUGGGAAGCACAUUUGGUUCGUCACAUUGGAGGAACUGAUGCACCUUUACCGGCUUUUAUGCUCCUAUACCUUUAUCUACGCCUUCUCCUGCACCUGCACCAGACUCUCCAUUCUUUGCUUCUACUGGAGAGUAUUCUCGCCCCUGAAGCCGAUAUUGAAAGUUGCACUAUUGUUCGGCGCUUUCCUGACACUCUCCUACCCGAUCAUCGUUUGGGUGACCAUGAGCAAUUCGUGCAAGCCCCUGCAGAUGAGUGUGCAGAAGAAACUGGCCAUCAGCGGAAUCAUGGCGGUGGGUGUUUUUGUGUGUGUUGCCAGCAUCGCUCGCAUCCGAUACCUGUCGAUCUUCAUGAGCUCGACGGACCUGACCUGGCUGAUGGGACCCGUGUUCAUCUGGUCCAGCAUUGAGCCAUCGGUCGCCGUCGUCUGCGCUUGCAUGCCUCAUCUUGCACCUCUGGCACGGCUGGCUCAUCGGACCCUCGCGUCCAGUUUCCAUUCCCGACGAUCGACGACCGAGUCAUCUGGGCGACCACGAAAGCUACCGAGUGGAUCGAGGCAGGGUGUUCAAAAGGGCCACCGAUUCAGCCAGCGAGGACCAACGUUUGACUUCGGGUUUGAGCAGCUAAAGAAGACGGCCAAUGACGACGAGAUAGGGCUAACGAACUAUGUUACGGCGGGGCCCAACUACAUGGGCAAGCCCUCGUCCAUCGAAUCGGUCUUGGAGGUGGAUAGUCGUGCUCAGGAGAUUGCGGUGCAGUCGAGUUUUGUGCAGUCGUCUUCGCUGAAGAGCUCUUUGUAA